AAAGUUUUCAAUGCUCAAAAGUCUCUUAAACUAAGGUUGAAGAUCAAAUCUCACUAAUUUAAGCUAGUUUCCAUCAUGUUAUACGAAAUCUUUAAUCUAUCCAAACUCUAAUCCAAAUUUAUAACCAAAACUCAUACUUACCUAUGGGAAUCAAGCACCAAAUUGAAGAAAAUAAGCAAAAAUUGAAAGGAAAUUCAAGGAGAGCACUGCAACUGAAGAUAGCAACUUCUCCUUUAACCUUCACAGCUUGGAAGAGAAAGGGGAAUAGAUUUUUUUUCUUUUCUCUUCUACUGAAAUUUUUUAAGGUUAAGGAGCAACCAAAACUUGAAAAAAUCUUGAAGAAUGCUGCCACGAAAGAUAACACUGUUAUUAUAACAACUUUAAACGAAGCAUGGGCAGCUCCCAAUUCUUUACUGGACCUUUUCCUCGAGAGUUUUCGACUUGGGAAUGGCACUGAUAAGCUUUUGGACCAUUUGGUGAUCAUUGCCAUGGAUCAAAAGGCAUACGAGCAUUGUCUUGUUGUGCAUAAGCAUUGCUUCACUCUUGUUACUGAUGGGAUUGAUUUUCACCAAGAAGCUGGCUUCAUGACUCCAAUCUACUUGACCAUGAUGUGGAGGAGGACUGAAUUUCUGCAACAUGUCCUUGAGAUGGGUUACAACUUCAUUUUCACGGAUACCGAUAUCAUGUGGUUUAGGGACCCAUUUCCACAGUUCUAUUCAGAUGCUGAUUUCCAGAUUGCGUGCGAUCAGUACACAGGAAAGCCCAAUGAUAUGAAUAAUCGACCUAAUGGAGGGUAUAUGUAUGUAAAGUCAAAUAAUCGAUCACGAGAGUUUUACAAAUUUUGGACCACUUCACGGGAAACUUAUCCUGGAACCAACGAGCAAGAUGUGUUUAAUAUUAUCAAGUUUGAUCCUUACAUCUCAAAAAUUGGAUUUAAGGUGAAGUUUUUAGAUACUGCUUACUUUGGUGGGUUUUGCACACCCAGCAGAGAUUUAAAUUUGGUUUGUACAAUGCAUGCCAAUUGUUGUUUUGGCUUAGAUAACAAGCUUUAUGACCUGAGACUUAUGCUUCAAGACUGGAGGGCCUUUAUGUCAUUACCUAAGGAUUUGAAGCAUGAAUGGAUCGUUUCAUGGAGGGUACCACAAAAAUGCAAGUACUCAAAACCACCUAAAAAGUUGUAAUGAGUUUUGCUCUAGUUUCUGUCUCCCUUCGUGAUUCCAUUAUGUCCUUAUAGUGUGUCAAUUUUAGAAGAGCUACCGAAGACUUGUAUUAAUUUGAUGUAUGGAAUGUGUAUAACACACCUCCUUAGGUACUUUUAGUCCUAGAGGAGUUUUGAAAUAAAAAUUAUAGUAAAAG